AUGCCAAGUCAUCGGAUUGAAUCGCGCCAUAAGAGUGACAUACAUUUCCUUAAUAGCGAAAAUGACGAGAUUAGCAGUGCAUUCCAGACUGGCUCGCUCACAUGGGCAGAGAUGAGCCAGCGUAUGGAUAUUGUCUUUGAACUUCCUGCCGAAGACUUCGCCUCGUUUCGUUGUCUUGAAAAUGGAGACCCAAAGGACCCCGUCCGCCGCCAUGGUCCCCCUAUCAGCUUGCAGGCAAAUAACAAUGUGAUCCAGCCUGGAUUCUAUGUCCUCCUCAGUCAGCUGGAGAGCCAGUUAAAAUCCCAGUCAACCGCCAGAUGCCGUUGCCCCGUACGGUAUCGCGAGCUCUAUCUGGGUCGUCAGCCACUCCCCGCUGAGAAAUUUCGCGACCAAAUCCGCAACCGCGAUGGCAGAUGCGUGAUUACUGGCCGAGCAGAUCCUGACUUCACGGCCCUCGAAGCUGCCCAUAUAUUUCCCCUCGCACACCUUGAAUUGUGGGUAUCAGGUAAAUGGAAACAGCAACUUACAGAUGACAAUAUCGAUAUUUCAGAGUCGGGCAUCAAAUCGGUCCAGAACGGGUUACUCUUGGACUCAUCUGCACAUCAUUUUUUUAAUAAGUAUGCUAUCGCGAUCGACCCCGAUAAUGGUUACCAGGUGGUUUCAUUUCGAGACGCCCCCCAAUACGAAAAUCUAACUCUGAUUCGCCGCCACAACAUUCCCGCCAAGUACCAGCUAUGCCCUGCGCUCCUGAAGCACCAUUUCCACAUGGCUGUCCUGCUCAACAUGAAGGGUAGUGCUGGAUAUCCCGAGUGGGACGAAGAUUACUCCAAGGGAUGCGAUCAAGUGGCUGAAAUUUCCGAGUCAGAUCAGGGAAAACUUCGUUUUGAGACUGUACUGGCUGAGAGGCUGAACCAUCUCCUGGCCUAA